UCCAGGUUAGAGAAAUAGGAACGAACAAAAAAGACGAAGAACCUUCCGUAAUGCGACAUCAACGAACAACAUCUCCAGGGUUACAAUCAAACUCACUCGCCGGCGAUAGGGGCGAGAACGAUGGCGCUCGCUUCUUCUAGGGUUUCGGUCUCCGGCCCGCCGGUGUUUCUCACGCCUCCGCCGAGGAAAUGUCGAUAAGCGCUCCAAGAACAGAACGGGGGAGGGUUUGGGAUUUGAGAGGUUGGAGUUCGGCUGUCCCAUUUAUAACUGUCUCGACCACACAUCUGACUCGAUUAGGCUAACCAUGUUGUUAGCGGAAAGCUUGAGUUCGGUUCGAUUAGACUCGAUUCGAUUGUAGACAACAAACCAAUGUCUAAAUUGUAUUAAUGAACAGUUAUUUAUGAUAAUUGAUUUGUACAACAAACCAAGAGAAAUGUUUUGAGAAAGAGAUGUUUUCGGAAUUUGGUUUCCACCCACGGAAACGCAUUCCCCCUUCGAUUCGGUGGAGUCGCGUGGCCGCCUUCUUCCCCUAAGCGAACCGAAUAGGAAGCCGAAGUGCCGCCCAAAAUGCCACUCCGCUUCCUCCUCUCCUCUACCGUCCGCCGGUUCUCCUCCUCCGCCCCUUCCGGUGGCGCCGCCGCCGAGUCCCGGAGCCAGAAGCUAGAGAGGAUCGCCGAUGUGCUUCUCUCUCUCACGAAGGAGGAGAGCAAGGACUACUCCACCCUCUUCCGCCUCAAGCUCGGCCUCAACCACCUGGUCCAGGCCGGCGGCAGCGUGCCCUGGGCGGGAUCCGGGCCGGGGCCCGAGGCGGCCAAGCCGGCCGAGGAAAAGGAGAAGACGGCGUUCGACAUCAAGCUCGAGAAGUUCGAUGCCGCAGCCAAGAUCAAGGUCAUCAAGGAGGUGAGGACGUUCACCGACCUGGGGCUGAAGGAGGCCAAGGAGUUGGUGGAGAAGGCCCCCGUGGUGCUCAAGAAGGGUGUGACCAAGGAGGAGGCAGAGGCGAUCGCCGCCAAACUCAAGGAGGUCGGCGCCACCGUCGCGUUGGAGUGAAACACCAAAGCAAGAAAAAUCUCGCCUUCGAGUCAUUCUUCGAUUUGGUAGUUGUUUUUCUUCAGCUAGGAAAUUGGUCGAACAGUUUGAAUGCUA